GUAUGAUUUUUUAUAUACAUAAAUAAAAGCAACAAUUAUCAAACGAAUUAAUGAUGCUUGUGAAAAGAUAAGUUUCAAAAAUGGAACAAAAUUCUAUCAAAACAAUGACGGAGGUUAGAAACAAUUUGGAAGAUGAAUUAUUGAAUUAUUUGGCUGAAAGUGAUGCAAAUUUUAAAAGUCAACAAAAAGAUGAUCCUGAGUUAACAUUUGAAGAAAAACGAACGAUUGCAAGUAAUUUACUUCAAAGAAGUCAUUGUUUAUUUCUCGCAAAAUUUGGGCAUUAUUUACUUGAAGAACAUUUAAAAUAUUUUGAUAGUGCUAAAGAUAAAAAUUAUGAAAUAUCCUACCAUAUAAAUAGAUUACACAGACAUUUUAAUAAUUCUAUAAGACAAAGAGAUAUAAAAAAUAGACGAUAUGAGGCACUUAAAAAAUUGAUAAAGGAAGGAGAAUAUUUCAGUGAAUGUGAAAUGAUGAAACGGAAUCCAUUAUUAUAUGAACAACUUGUUGGGCAAUAUUUAACAAAAAAGCAAAAAGAAACUCGUGAUAAUAUAGAUAUGAAAAGUACUACUUUUGUUCAUCUCCUUAUGGAAAGCAUUGAAAGAGAUUGGAUUAAAGAACGUGAAAAAUUACAAAAAGAAGAAGAAGAUAAUGUUCUAGAAGAGAAUGAUUCUGACGAUGACGACACGGAUGAAAAUUAUUCUUUGAAACAAUCAAAUUUGAAAACAGAACCAAAUAAAUCUUGGGGUGAAUUACCUGAAAUUCAAGUUAACAAAGAAGAUGAAAAUAAAACAACACAUAUACAUAAAUAUAUACAAAAAAUCUCAAACAAAGAAAAAGAGAUACUUAAAGAAGAAUUUGUAACACAUAUGUAUCAAAGCUUUCUAGAAGGAAAAGAUCUUGAGUUUGAUUAUAGCAUGGUCGAUAACAAUGAAGCAUACGAUAAUGUAGAUUUGCGAACUCAAGAUGAAGAAGAAAAAUAUUUUGAUUCAGAAUCUCCUGAAACUAUUAUUCCAGAAAACAGCAUAGUUCAGAGUGAAUCUGAAGAUGAAUUGGAUAUUUACAUGCGAUCGUUGAAGGAACAGACUUCUACAAACACACAUAGUGUGGACAAUGAGACAUGAAUUUAUAGAUAUAGUAUUUUAAGGCAAAUAUUGUAAAUAUAAAACAUAGACUUUUAAAAGAUUA